GUGUGUUUGUCGAGUGUGACUGGAAUGAUUGAUGGCGCUGUCAGCAAGGAUCCGAGUUUUCAAAAUCGCGGCUAAAUUAAGCUACCCGAACUGCCAUUCCAGGAAAGCGAAAAGCUAUUGGCACUGUGAAAGCGACAAGCACCUCAUCCAUGAAACGAAAUACGCACAAUUGCUGAAGAGCGCCUCCUUGAAAGGCGACCAAGUGGCGAUUCAGUCUUACCACCAGAAUAUAACGAAAACGUAUUCAGAGUACCUGAAAGAUGUGGACUCAUUGGCGGCCGGGCUCUUAUCCUUACAUCACUGUACUCCCGGAUCCCUCGUGGCCGUCCUGUCUCCGAAUGUAUACGAAUGGACCGUGGCCCAAUUCGCGUGCUCGAAAAUCGGCUGCGCCCAAGUCAAUAUUAACCCUGCGCUGCAGCCUCCAGAGCUCGAACACGCCCUGAAUCAGUCUCGGAGUAAGGUGCUCGUAGUCGGUCUGGAACACUCUACGGUCGACUUCUAUUCUUUGCUGCGAGUCCUCGCGCCAGAACUAGACUCAGCAGAACAGAAUGACCUGAGGCUCGAUAGAUUGCCUUAUUUACGAUCGAUCGUUGUUAUCGGUGACGAGCGAAAGCCAGCGACGAUAUCCUAUCAGGAAGUGAUAUCGAAUGCGACAAAAGAGCUUCACCAGAAGGCGGAUGAGAUUCACGAUUCCGUCGAUCCAGACUCGGUCGUGAACGUGCAGUUCACUUCGGGUACAACUGGAAAACAGAAAGCUGUCGCUUUGACGAAUCACGGGCUGGUCAAUAACGCUUACAGUUUCGGGAAUCGAGUCGGGCUCCACGCUCCGAACUCGAAGGUGUUGAUCAAUCUGCCCCUGGUACACACAUUCGGCUGUGUUUGCGGCGUUCUAUCGUCUGUUAUCCACGGGGCGAGCGCAGUGCUACCUGCUGCAAGAUUCAACGCUCAGCGCUCAGUUGAAGCACUGGCGAAGUACAAGUGCAGCAUCAUUUACGGAACGCCUACAAUGUACAUAGACAUGCUCGCUCGUAUGCCCGAGAAAGCGAUGUACCCGUCCCUGCGUUCCGGCGUAAUUGGGGGCGCAUCCGUUCCGCAGCAGCUUUUGAACAAAAUUCAGCAACGUCUCAAAAUUCGCAUGCUGCCCGCUUACGGCGCGACCGAGAUGAGUCCCGUCGCCACCGUAGCAACCAGAAUGGAAGGAGGUCGUCUGCUGGAGACUGCUCUGGAUCAUAUCGAGCUGAAAAUCGUGGAUUCCAAGGGGAAGAUCGUUCCGUUUGGCGAGAAGGGAGAGCUUUGUUCUCGGGGUUAUCACAUUUUCAAAGAGUAUCUGCACCAGCCAGACAAAACGGAAGAAGUCGUUAGGGAUGGCUGGUACUAUACGGGAGACGAAGCUAUAAUGAGCCCCGACGGUCACGUGGCGAUCACGGGUCGCGCCAAAGACAUGAUUAUUCGAGGGGGAGAAAAUGUCUACCCGGCAGAAAUCGAGGAUUUCCUGCUUGGGCUCGAGGAGGUUGAAGAAGCUCACGUUUUCGGUGUCCCCGAUCAGAGACUAGGAGAGGAAGUCGCUGUGUGGGUCAAAACUAAACCCGGAAUAGCCGUUUCGGAGGAACGUCUCAAAGCCGCUUGUAAAGGAAAAAUAAGCCAUUUCAAAAUUCCUCGGUACGUGAAAUUUGUCGAAACCUUCCCGAAAACCCAUUCUGGGAAGAUUCAGAAGUUCAUCUUGAGGAAAGAGAUGACCGAGGAGCUGAAUCUCGGACGGGAUUGA